AGAUGGCGCAGAAGGCUGCUCAUUUCAAGUGCGCUGUGUUCGCCUGUAAGAAGGGACACACCAGCGUGUUCCUGCCGCCGUCCUCCGAGCAGGUGAAGGCUAAGUGGAUUAGUUUCAUUUACGGGAGGGAUAUUCCCGCGGACGUGCCCAAGUUCCUGUAUGUCUGCGCUAAGCACUUCACCUCGGACUGUUUUCUGAAUGAGGGACAGUUUAAAGCGGGCUUCGCCUCCAGACUCCGACUCAAACCCGGGUCUGUUCCCACCAUCAGGGGCGAAGCUCCAGACCCCGAGGCGGUCGGCGAUGUCCUGGUACCAGAACUGAGGAAGAAGGCCGUCCCCUGUGUACAGACCAGCAGCUUACUGUUCCUCACGCAGAGCGACGCGGCCUGCCAGACCGACCCGCCACUUCAACACACGCGCAGCACACAGCUGUCACUCAGGACUCUCCAACCUCACUUCAGAAGUGCAGCAGUCCAGGCCACUCUGUCUUCUCAUGAUCGCAGUAAUGACAAAUCCACAGACGCUCUCCAGCUCUCCCCUCUACUGCUGAGCCCCGCAAAGAGAUUGACCGAGAGAGCCAGGACAGAGGCAUUUAAGAACGUUCAGACUCCUGAGGGAUCCAACAUCUUACAGAGUCGUGAGGUGUUGGUGAGCACACAGUGUUUGCUGGAGCUCUUCCAGUUCUGUUGGCUUUGCCAAAUAGAGUGCAGUUUCACCAUCGAGGGCAACGAGAAGCUGUUUUCCAUCACGCAAUACUGCCAGAGCUGUGACCACCACCGAGACUGGAGAAGUCAGCCGCCCUCGGCGGAACCUGCGGGGAACGAAAAUCAUGAGACCCAACAUGAACUGAUAAACGAAGAGGACGAAGAUGACGAUGGCAGCGAGAUCGUGGUGCAGAUUGUGUCGUCAGAUAACGAGGGGAGCGAUCAGAUGUUCAUCGACGAGGACGGCUCGUAUUUAUCCAGCAACGAUGAGGAGGCAAGCUCAGAGGAAGAGGAAGUGAGAAGGAAAAGAAAGAGGAAGUCUAAAAGCGGGGACAGUUCAGAUGACUGGGAGCCGCGUUUAGAGGAAGAGAUCACGGACUCUAACGGGUCGGCAGAUGAGGACCAGAAGGAGGACGGUCAGCGCAAGCUCGUGGUGUGGUGUACGGAGUGUCAGGGUGAGGCCACGCGCUCCUGUUCCGUCCAUCAGCACAAGAAAACGUUCUGUUGCGCUCGGUGCGGCUCAGGUGACACUGUCCAGACACACACUUUAGAAACACUACCCGUCCGGUUCGACGACUUCGGCAGUUUUCAAAUCCAUGCCGAACAGGAGCACGGGGCCAAGUCGUUCUUUAAAUUGUGUCAGGACUGUGGGAAGAUUCACACGGCUAAGAAGGAGCACGUGUGCGAACACAAAACCAAAUUCAUUGUCUGUCCGGAGUGCGGGAAGCGUUUCAUCACCGAGGGCGGGUUAAAGAUCCACUACACUCAGCUCCACUCGGAUUACGAUCACCCGUGUAAAUACUGUCUGAAGGUCUUCAAAACCAAGCCCGCCAAACUGGAGCACGAGCAGACCCACCCUGUAGAGGAUCAGCCCUACAGCUGUCCUGACUGUUCAGAAACGUUCGACAACAUUCACAAACGAAACAAGCACGUCCGGUCUCACCGCGGUCCCCAUAAAUACGUGUGUGACGUGUGCGACAAAGGCUUUAAGCGGAUAAACCGGCUGAGGAGGCACAAACUCAUCCACUCUGGAGAAAAGCCUUUCAGAUGCCAAGUGUGUGAGCGUUCCUUUAACCAGAUGGAGAACCUCACGUCGCACAUGCGCGUCCACACCGGGGAGAAACCUUUCGCGUGCGAACAGUGCGGAGACUCAUUCAGUCACAACAUCAGCCUGAAGAUCCACAAGCAGCGACACCACGAGGCGGGUCUGACUCACGAGGAGGAGGAAACCAUAAAUGAUCUACAGUAAAGGACACUGGAGAAGUGCUGUAUUUAUACCCUGUUAGUCUAUUAGGAUGAUUUGGUUACUGUAUUUAAUAUUUAGAUGCAGAUAUGUACUGCAGAUGAACUUUUUUUUUUUAUAUACACAGGUCUGAGGGCCAUGCUCCACUUUAUAAAGCCUGCCUUGCUAAAACUGCCAGUAUGUCUUCUGAUGUUAUUUAUACAGACUGUCCUCUCUCACCGGCACAAUAAAUACAAAUUACACAA